ACUUGACUCAUUUUUAAUCAGUUUAUUUUCAUCUUUUGACUGACAAACUAUUUUAUUGUAAUUAAAUGUCUAUAAAUUAAUUAAGUAAUUAUUAAGAGUGACUAAGUGUGCCUUAUACCUUUUUUAAACCAUUGACAAUGAGAAAUAGAACAAACCACGUUAAUUUAAUUGACAAAAUUUGCGGGAUUCACCAUAAUUUUGAACUUUAUAUUAUGACUGGAUUAUUUACAAUAAUCAUUGGUGCAAUAAUUCAAAGCUCUUAUCAUCACUAUGAGAACUUCAUUGGUGAAUCAUUUUGGACGGCACCGAUAGUACUGAUGGUUGUUGGAUCCUUAAUAUUUUUCAUUUCAUUCCUCGGCUGUUGUGGUGCAAUGCGAGAGAGCUCCUGCUUAAUAUUAACGUUCUCGGUAUUUUUAAUGAUUGUUUUCGUUACGGAAGUUGGAAUUGGCGUUGCUGGAUAUAUUAAACAUUCGGAACUUAAGGAUGUACUCGAAAAACAAUUUAAUAGAACUAUGGAGGAUUAUACGACAUCAAUUGAGGCACAACAUGCAUGGAGUUUAGUUCAAGGUGAAUUACAAUGCUGUGGAAUUAACGGACCAAAUGAUUGGAAGCGCAUUUAUAUUAAUACAACAGUUCCAUCAACAUGCUGCCAUUUAUUGCCUGAGAAUGUUAAGCAGUGCACGUCAGUUUAUGCAUCACAAGAAGGAUGCUAUCCAAAAUUGUUGAACUUCUUAGACACAAAGUCCCUUUUGUUAGGCUUUGUAGGAAUUGGCAUCGCUAUUGUCCAAUUAAUCGGUGUUGUCUUUGCUUGUGCACUUUCAAGAGCUUUUCGAGAAAAUUAUGAAACUGUUUAAACAUGUCAAAAAAAGAAUCACAUCCACGCCAUUCCCAUCUCAUAAUUAUCAUUACUAGUUAUCAUAAGUGUCAUCAGCAACAGCGAAGCAUAUUUAAAAGAGCUUAAAGAUUUUUCCAACGACAAUCUCAUGUCUUGGAGAUAAAUGAAGAUAUUCUUUCAUGUAUUACGUUGCUGAUUAUGUCAAGAAUUUUUUUUAUGAGACCAUUUUUUAAUAAUUCAAAGUUAUUGAAUAGUCUUAUCUUUUGUAUACAAUCUCGGUAGUAAUGUCGUAGUGAUAAAUUUUGAGAGAUAUGUUAAUUUUAGAAAGUUCAGUUUGACGAUGUUUCGUUAAGUCAGUUGUGUCCAAAAGAAUCUCAAAUAGCCAUUUAAAUUUAAUUUGAAUCUCAAGAAAUCGCCAAAAUUGGAAUUUCAAAAAAGAAAAAUUGAAAAUUUAAAUUCAAAAGUUCGUUAAAUUUUAGUACAAGAUUAUCACUAGAAUAAGAUGUUUAAAUGCUUUUGCAUAGCUUCACAACUCACAUUUUUGAUAAUGAUUUAAGAAGAUGAAGUACAUGAGUUUACAGCAUCACAUAAUUUUGGACAUGACUGCGUUAGUUUAUAAUAAUUAAGUAAAUAGUCAUCUUUAUGGAAAAAAAUAUAUAAUGACAAAUGCCAAAAGUAUAAAAAGAAGAAUAUAAAAGACAAAACCACAAGCUUAAUUCAUAGAGAUUAUACAAGAUAGAAUUUUUUUAAAGAGAAUAUUGAUGGAAUUUUCCCGUGGAAAACGCAUAAUUUAUGAAUUAAAAGGCUUCUGAAGAAAUUAAUGUAUCCUUGAAAUCAUGAAAAAUUCACAAUGCAUUUACUCAUUCCUACAUACUCCACACAAAACACAUAAUAAGAAAUGAUCUGAUUUCAAAUAUAUAUAUUUUUACUAAAUAGAAAGGGAAAUGGAGAAACACAGAUUGAAAUAUUUUUUAUUUACUUAAUAUCACAUAUUCCAUAUUCUUAUACAAACUGUAGAUUCAAGGAAUCAGCUUUAUGCAAAAGGUACGGAAUGUUAUCAAAUAUCUCAAUAAAAACAGCUUAAUUCAAAUGCUCAUUCCAACGUUUUUCAAAAUUUUGAAUAGUGUUAUUUUUUGAAAACCGCUCAUUCCAUGCUCAUUCUAACGUUUUUCAAAAUUUUGAAUA